UCUAGAGAUGGAGAGAGAGAGAGAAGGGAAGAGAUGAUGGAUUUACUAAGAGAGCGAGGAUGUAGACGUGGAGAAUAGCCGGGAAUUAGGAGUAUAUCAUACCUAUCAUCUCCCUUUGCCUGCCUCUCCUCCUAUUCCCCCUUUUCCCCCUCUCAAUCUUCUGUCUUUAAUCUCACUGGCUUCCAAUCAACAAGUCGCAUUUAGUGUGAGAGGGAGCAGCAAACACACUGGCAUUCGCACACACACACACACACACAGUGCUGCAGGAGCAGGUCUCGGAUGGCUGCAUGUAGAGACUGCAGUUGAUAAAUGAGUGGCGGACGAGCGGAAGCUGCAGUUCCCAAACUACUGAAGGGCAGGGGGAAGCUGCACUUCCUAAACGACUGGCUAGCAAGUGAAGGCUGUAGUUUCUAAACAACUGGAAGGAAGUGGAAACUGCAUUUCCCCAAGGACUGGAGGGCAAGUGGAGAGGCUGCAGUUCCUAAACGAUUGGAGGGAUUUGAAUUGACGGAUGGGGAGGAAGAGGAUAGAAAGAGUGAGAGAGAUAAAAGAACAGGCAGAAUGUGAAGAAUAGAAAAGGAAAGGUAGAGGGACUGUAUAUAGGGAACUGAGCAACAGAAGGGAAAGAUAGAGGCAAAGAAGGGAGGCAAUAGGAAAGGGUUGAAUAAAGCAGACGGGAGUUGCAGGAAGAAUGAGGGGGUCACUUUGCAUGUAUAUAUCUUUAAUCUUCUAAUGAUUCAAGCAUUCUGAAGCAAGCAAAAUUGAAAUACAGAGAAUAAAUUUUCAGGACAAAAGCAGCCCACUUAUUACAGCCUGUAAUCUAAAAGCUAUGCGGGAAGGCAGUAUAUUAAUUUCCUAGCUAUUUACUAAUCAGCUGCUGCCAGCAUGACUCCCUCCCUCCCUUGGAUGCCCACAACUUUGCCACCCUCUUCAGCCUCACUGUCGCUUAGGGGUCCAGGCUGGGGGGUGGUGUAUGGGGUGAUCUGUGGCUGUGGGGUCCUGUGUAACGGGCUGGUCUUGGCCGUGCUGCUUAGCUGCAGGCACACUUUGGUAUCUGACCUGUAUGUGGUGAAUCUGGCACUGGCCGACCUGUUGUCUUUGCUUGGCAUGCCCCUACUUAUUCACCAGCUCCUCCAUGACAGAGGGUGGGUGUUUGGAGAUCUCUUGUGCCGUGCUGUCACUGCUCUGGACCUCAACAACCAGAUCACAGGAGUGGGAAUCAUCACAGCUCUCUGCGUGGACAGAUAUGUGGCGGUUGUGCAUUCGGCUACUAUGGGUCCGCGUCGGAGUGUGCGAUGCACGUGGCUGGUGACUGGCUGUGUAUGGGUUUGCUCCCUCCUCCUCAGUACACCGGCUCUCCUAUACUCUGGGGUGCGAUGGGGUGAGGGUGUUGCCCUGUGUGUGUUGGACCUUCCUGGAGCUCCACCGUCCUUGUACUGGUACACAUUGGUGCACAGCCUACUGACAUUUCUCCUUCCAUUGUCAGUUAUAGUGGUGCUGUAUUCCCUCACUCUGCACCACCUUUCCCGAGUUAUGAAGAGAGUCCAGCGGGCUCCAUCUCAGCGCAGUCGCCGGGUAACCCGCAUGGCACUGGCCAUUGUGGCCGCCUUUCUUUUGUGCUGGGCCCCAUUCCAUGUUGUGCAGCUGCUCAAUCUCAUCUCCACUGGGCCACCCUCCAACUCUGCCUUCUACCUCAACCAGGCAGCAAUAUGCCUGGGAUAUGCACACAGCUGUGUCAGCCCCCUACUUGUUAUCUGCUGUACUGAGGGCUUCCGGGAGAGGCUGCCGCACGCACGGUGCUGCCAAUUUCUCUUUCGUCGUUGGGCUGGGUUCUGGCCUGUAUCUGCCUAUCCUCCACAGGGCCCCAAUUCUGCUAUCAACAGUCCUCCUGGGAGUGGGAUUUGUGUCUCCCAGUACCGGCGAAGGACUAUCAGCUUGGAGACACCUCCAUUCUCUGUUACUGAAAACACCAGACUGAGCCCUGGCAUAAGGGACGAGAGCAGUAUCCUGUGAGCCCCUGUCAGUGAAAUUGAAAAGUCACAUUUCUUAAAUAUUUGACUAGUUCCAUUCGGGGGCCUUUGCUAUCUACAUCUGCUAUUGCUAUAAGAUGAGCAGGAGUGAGGCCAAGCCAGAAAGGCACAGAGGUACAGAGUGACUCGGCUGGUCUCAGCAGGUUACCAUUAUUUGGAGUCACUCUCUUUGAUAGAGGUUCAGCAUCUUCCAUGUGGUAUUAUUAUUACUCUAUUACAGACAGUUGGUGAUUGUACUGAUUUACCAUUAUAAAAAGGCUGCCUAUCACUCCGAA